AUGUCUAAGAAUUCCUCUCAAACGACGAAUCAUAUGCUGCCUCCUAUAUACCGGAGCUCACAACUUGCGUACUGUUUCACCCUUCUGUCUACAUCAACGCUGGCCGUGGUAUUGAGACUAUGGGCGAAAGGUCAGAUUUCGAGGUAUGGGUGGGAUGAUGCUCUUAUCAUAUUGGCGUGGAUAAGUCUGGUCGGGAUACUCGGUGUCAACAUCAGAUGUUUGUCAGUUGAAACCUUGCAGAUUUCGUGUCUGACUGUAUUAGUGGGCGUCACUGGAAUUUUCGGCUACCCACUCGGCGAGCUUUCCGAUGACUCGAUCGUCGAGGUAUUACGGGCUGCUUGGGUCGUUUCCGUCCUCUGCGCACCCUGUAUAACAUUCUGCAAGCUUAGUGUCCUCGAGGUUUACAGAAUCGUGUUCAAUGUCAAAGAAAGAUUUGUCAUCUAUGUAAAAGUCAUGUCGAUACUGAGUCUGGCUUGGGGCAUAGGGCAUACCGCGGCAUUUCUAUCUAGGUGCAUGCCCAUCAGGGAAGCCUGGAAUCCAGACACUGCUUUUAUUUGGACACACGGCACGAAAGGUUGCGAAAGUCCUAUAACUAUAGUCGCAAUUGCCGAGCCCAUCAACACACUCCAGGAUCUGAUAAUCGUCUUGAUGCCACUUGGUGUCUUACGGAGUUUGAAUCUUUCUACGCACCGCAAGGUCUCGUUGUCGUUGAUAUUCCUUUGCGGGAUUUUUGUCGUUGUGGCGAGUGUUGUACGAAUCGUAUGGACCGUUACUCCUCGAAGUUGGGACCGUAUCGACGUUAUACACUCGUCUGCGAAGAUUCUGCACGUCCAGCUGACAUUAGCCAUCAUCUGUGCUUGUGUUUUGACGUAUGGCCCACUCUAUCCAAAGAUAAGGGGUGUCGAUCGACUUCGUCGUUGGUAUAUUGCAGCAACGCCGUGCUUCAGAUCACGCGGCAAGACCGAUAUGCCCAGGUCUAAUCAAGGCUCGGUACCAUCUGAAAUUCCAUACGAUCAUCCAUCGACUCAGCGAAGCGAUAUCAGUACAGUGAUCGUAUCGGACCUGGAAAAUCAGAGGCGAUGGUCCGGGCGGGAAUCGCAAUGUACAAUUCCACGUGGGUCCAUACAAGUUGAGAAGACGCUCAAUAUCGCAAUCCAGGCCUCGGAAGACACAUGA